AUUUGACCAGACUUCCAGCAUGGCGGCAGGCUCACAGUCUGUUUCGAUGAAGCAGUCACCAGAUGGCGACAAAAAUGACAAGCCAGGAACAGAGAGUGAGUGUGUUGCUUCAUCCUCCACUUUGGUUCCAAAAAAGCAGCUCACCAUUGACGACUUUGACAUCGGUCGACCUCUGGGAAAGGGCAAGUUUGGCAACGUGUACCUUGCAAAGGUGAAGCAGGUGGAAGCCCUUGUGGCUCUGAAGGUGUUGUUUAAGUCCCAAAUCGAGAAGGAAGGUGUGGAGCACCAGCUCAGGAGGGAAAUUGAGAUCCAGUCCCACCUCAAGCAUCCCAACAUCCUUCGAUUUUACAACUACUUUCAUGAUCGCAAGAGGGUGUUUUUGGUGCUGGAAUAUGCGCCACGAGGCGAGCUAUACAAAGAGCUCCAGAAAUACGGACGCUUUGAUGACCAGCGUACUGCCACUUACAUGGAAGAGAUCUCUGAUGCGCUGAUGUACUGCCACUCCAAGAAAGUGAUCCAUCGCGAUAUCAAGCCAGAGAAUCUCCUUCUUGGCUUUCGUGGAGAGCUGAAAAUUGCAGAUUUUGGUUGGUCAGUUCAUGCGCCUUCUCUCAGGCGUCGCACAAUGUGUGGAACCUUGGAUUACCUCCCUCCCGAGAUGGUCGAGGGCCGCACCCACAAUGAGAAGGUGGACCUGUGGUGUGUCGGAGUCCUCUGUUUUGAGUGCCUUGUGGGGAACCCUCCCUUUGAAAGUCGCUCUCAGUCUGAAACGUACAGAAGAAUUAUGAUGGUGGAUUUGAAGUUCCCAAGGGUUGUCUCAGAGGGUGCACGGGACCUGAUCAGCAAGCUGCUUCGCCACAGCCCCACCGAUCGUCUCACGCUGCAAUGCGUCAUGGAUCACCCAUGGGUGCGCAGCAACUCGCGCCGGGUCUUACCCCCAACUGUCCCACCAAAACCCUGUAAUCCAAAGUUGCCUGCUUGAUUUUUUUUUUUAAGUUCUGGUUUUGUUUUUUAUUUUCUGAUGUAUCCUAAUAUUGUACAAAAGGUUCACUCUGUCAGUUCUAAUAAAAUGUUGUUAAAUGAA